GAGACCGCUCCCAUUCUCAGCCCGCCUCCCGCUUCCCCGGCUCCACCGGAGCCCACUAUGCCAGACAGUUUCGACACUUUGCAAGGACAAAGAGCCCUAGACCGGAGGGGGGAGGAAGAGGAGGAAGAAGAGGAGAGAGAAGGAAGAGGCGACGUGAGCUGGGAAGGGGGCCAGGGUGGGGAACACCCUCUCUUGAUUCUCUUCGGAGCCCCCGCAUGCCCCAAACCCGGAAACUCCAGCGUGUCUGCAGCCGCGUGGACACCAUUUUCAGAUCCCAACUUCUUCAACAGAAAAUGCCAAGGAGAGAUAAUGAGUCCCUCCAGGAGUUGAAGUGAGCAAACACUUUGUGGCCAGGACAAUCCUAGAUGUGGACCAGACAUGGCCAGUCACUUAGUCUGUUGAGGAGUCCUGAUGAUCGAAAUUAAGUUUCGCUGGAGGCUGAGACAACAGAACUCUCUCUGAAAGCAGAAGUGUCAGACCCAGAGGCUUCCAUGGUGGCAGAAGAGGAGUUUGUCUUCAUGGAGAUGGAAUUCCCUGCAGAAUAUACACACAGGAAGUGACAGUGGAGAUCAUACAGUCAGAACUUUCAUUCUGGUUGGGGACCUGAAGCCUCAGCACCCACGUCCCUUGGCUCUAUUCCGGUGCCCUUCUCUUCCCCACACUGGGGCUUGGCAGAUGAAGAAACUGAGGCUCGGAGAGGUUAAGGAGCUCCGCUGAAGUCACAUGGCUGAUGACAGCCAGCCAGCCCUCUGCCUUCACCCUCUGCCUCUGCCGUGUAACUGCUGCAUCUCUGGCGACAACACAGGGAAGACGAAGCUAUCAUUGAGGCUCAUCUUUCCUUCCUCUUAUGCCGGCACCCUUCCUUCCAGGGCCUCACCCUCAAGGGACCCAGAUUGUCACAAAGAUUAAUUACCACUCAACCCCGUUGGAAGGAAAAGGAGAUCUCUGAUUAAAGCUUCGUUAAGAGACAUCAUCAACUCUGGGAAGCUUGCAGGAGAGUAGGCUACUUUAUUUUUUGGAAAGACAAUUAUAGGCAAGCGGAGCCAACACACCACGAAUGGCCUUUGUGUACCACAUGGUGAUGUCGGGGACACUGGGGUGGCCGUGCUCCAGCGGUAGUGAGGUUGGCCCCAGCAGCCCCUGAGUGCUCCCUGGGAAUUCCCGCUGUCUCUUUGGAUCAAGCUGCCAUCUCUGGGAUUUUUCCUGUAUUUCUCCUCCAUUGGGAGAGAUUUCCUCCAGCCCGUCACAAGGACUGCCAGAAGGUAGUGAAGAUGAUGACCAUGAGAAAGAGGACCCUCAAAGCGCUCCUCCUCCUCCUCCUCUUCAUCUUCCUCGCCUCCUUCUUCCUCAGCUACUCCCACACCGUGGUGACCACCACCUGGUUCCCCAAGCAGAUGGUCAUGGAGCUCUCGGAGAGCCUGAAGAAGCUCGUCCAGUACAGGCCCUGCACCUGCGCCCACUGCAUCGGCCAGCGCAGGGUCUCCGCCUGGUUCGACGAGAGGUUCAACCAGACCGUGCAGCCACUGCUGACGGCACGGAACGCCCUUCUGGAGGAGGAAACCUACAGAUGGUGGCUGAAGCUCCAGCGUGAGAAGAAGCCCAGUAACUUGAACGAUACCAUCAAGGAGCUGUUCAGAGUCGUGCCUGGGCACGUGGACCCCAUGCUGGAGAAGAGGUCUGUGAGCUGCCGGCGCUGUGCUGUCGUGGGCAACUCAGGCAACCUGAGGGAGUCCUCCUACGGGCCAGAGAUCGACAGUCAUGACUUUGUGCUCAGGAUGAACAAGGCACCCACAGCAGGGUUUGAGGCUGACGUCGGGAGCAAGACCACCCACCACCUGGUGUACCCUGAGAGCUUCCGGGAGCUGGGGGAGAACGUCAGCAUGGUCCUGGUCCCCUUCAAGACCAUGGACCUGGAAUGGGUGGUGAGCGCCACCACCACGGGCACCAUCUCCCACACUUACGUCCCUGUCCCCACGAAGAUCAAGGUGAAACAGGAUAAGAUCCUGAUCUACCACCCGGCCUUCAUCAAGUACGUCUUCGACAACUGGCUGCAGGGCCACGGGCGCUACCCAUCCACCGGCAUCCUCUCUGUCAUCUUCUCCCUGCACGUCUGUGACGAGGUAGAUUUAUAUGGCUUUGGGGCAGACAGCAAAGGAAACUGGCACCACUACUGGGAAAACAACCCAUCAGCCGGGGCUUUUCGCAAGACAGGGGUACACGACGCAGACUUUGAGUCCAACGUGACAGCCACCUUGGCAUCCAUCAACAAAAUCCGGAUCUUCAAAGGGAGAUGACGCUGUGAAGGGUUUAGGAUGGACGUGCCAUCAAGCCUCUGGGUUUGCAGCCCCAGCAUCUUGCCAGAGCCGUUCUGUCUAGAGGCUUCACGGGCCAGCCUCAGGGGUGUCCCCAGGUGCUUCUUGCAGCCUCCUGCACCCCAGCCUUUGGCAACUUCCCCUCAUCAAGGUCACUGAACUCCGCCAAGACUGUAGAACAAGUCUCAGAACCUGUUUCAUGUGGGGAGAGCUUCAUCCCACUGCUGUCCUAGGGCUGGGGAAACUCUGGGAAUGCUUCAGUCUCCAAACACUAAAAUCAUCUGGCUUCUGGGACAGGGUCAGGAGUCAAAUCUGAAGACUCUCCCGUAUUCUAAUAGACAGAAGCCUUUCCCAGGGAAGAUGGAGAGACACACGGCCCCCAGGGGCCCAGCGCUGACUGUUGGGCUCUGAUUCUCGGCUGGGAUGUUUCUGAGUGACAGUUACCUCCAGGACACAGCCACGUUGGGCUACCCAGGUGCUGCAGGCACCAUGCUGCCCUUCUUUGCACGAAGCCUGGCCUCUCACUUGGUGACAGCCCUUUGUUCCCAAAGUUCAGUGAUGACUUCCCACCCUGGAGAUCUUCACGGAAGCUUGGCAGUGUGCUUCUCCUGAGAUGCCUCUUCCCAAGUGGGCGUUCCCCUGAGCAGUCAGUCUCCGUGGUUAUCAUCACAGCUGAGCGCAGCGCAGCUCUGCCCACUCCCUGGGGCCUUGGUGUUUGGGGAAGAAAUGCAUGCAUUGGCUCAAAUGAGACAAACGCUCCUCUGGGGAAACGCAGUCCCCUCUAGUAGCACACCCUUGCCCCAGAGCUGGGUACAUCUUCUCGGGUUUUCCAAGCCCGCACCUGAUCUGGAAUAAAGUUCAGAUGAUACUCAAAGCCACCCAGAGGCACAUCAGUCGGGAACAUACACUCUUAUUUUCUCAGACUGUUGGAUUUGGUGUCUGUAACCACCAGUGCCUCCAACCAGGAGGGUUCCAACAGCAUUUGCCUCAAGGGCCUGAGCUCUGGGCCAUGUCCCUGCCGGCCACCUCUGGGAUGUCCUAGGGCUCUGGGUGGGGAGCAUCCAAGGAGUGGUGACUGCACUUACCUCAUCUUUUCUUCAGCCUCCCUGAUUAUUUAUUGAUUUUCUUUUCUUUUUCAUUCAGCUGACAUUGUGUGCAUUCUGGCGUGGUUGCUGGUCCUGGUGUUUGAAUGAAGCUCGCUAUUGCCUAACCCAGCAGCAGGGAAGAGGGGCUUAAAGAGACUUGUAGGAAUUCUCAGACUUGAGGGCUUGGGGCUGGCAGUUGGGCGGACCCUGCCAUGUCAGUCCUUGGUGGUUUGUGUUGUUCCUGCCCCAACCUACCAUUCCAGCCAGACCUUGCUUCCUCAUGUAGUGUUGGACCCAUUCUCAGGCUGGCAGUGUCCAAAACUCAUUGAGACCCAUUGUGGCCAGGUGGGGAGUGGGGCAGGCAGACAAGGACAGUGAUGGUUGGCUGCAGCUCUGAUGCUUCAGCAGGAAAACCACUUUUUUUGUUAAAAACAUUUGUUAAAAGGCCACUGUUGUUUGGAGAGGUGACCUUUUAGGAUGAAGUAUCAGAAGUCAUAGGACAAAUUCUCCCCAUCCCUGGGCUCAGAAUCCCCCUCUGCAGCCUGGCUAGGAGGAAUUAUGAGGGCUUAGGGACCUCGUUCAGGGUCAGAGAUGGCUUUAGGCCAUUCACAAUAGUCCCCAGAAAUUGUAUGCCAAGUUUUUUUCCCCUGAAUUCUAUGCAUAUGAGCACUUUUCUGGGGAAAGAUUCCAUGCAUUUAUUACAUUCUCACCUACUCCAAAUUCAGAAAGUGUUAAACAACAAACAAACCUGUUUCAGCUUUAAAAUUCUCCAACACGGAAGACUUUCUUGAUCAGUACAGGCUGUUGUGUUGCUGUGAGUCACUCUGAAGGUUCUCACCCCUCCAGGGCGCCCAGCCCUGCCUGGCAUGAAGAACUCAGCAAACGUUUGUGAGUUGGCCGAUCAGUCCCCGGGCCAAAGUUGAAUUAAAUGAACGUUGAUAGAGAGAGCCGUAUUGACUACGGACCUCUUCCCCCUUUCCUAAAAGUGGGUCUGUUUGGGGGUGAUAAGUUCAGUAGAGCAAUCUAUGUUUUUGGAUUUUCCUGAUUAAGAACAGGUCCCUGAGGUGAAGAAGUGUCCAUUUCUGAGCUCGGCGCUGCCUGGUGGUGGUUCUCGGUCUGGACUUCAAGCUGUGAGACAACUUCCGGCCUCCCACAUCUAGCGCUCUCAUUUUACAAUGGGAAAAGCACAGCACGGAGUAGGGAAGGGGUGUGUAGCAGUGAUUGGAUUACAACAACACAAGUCAGAGUUUGGGCAAAAAUAAGGUGUAAUUGACUCUAUGUUGAAAUUGUCCAGAGUUGGGCUGUGUCCUGGUAACACUUAUCCAGCAUCUUGAAAAGUGUGACCAUAAUGUAGGCGACUCUGCUCUGCUUUCAGCACUGAGCUCCCUCUACAGGCUGCCAGAGGGGCCAGCUUGUCUCAGCCUUCUCCUGCCCUACCCCCCAGUGAAGGAGGCUGCAUUCCUGUUUCACAGAAGACUCGUCUCAAGACUCACUGGCUUAGCAGUAGAUACUUACCCAAAUUAAUGCCGGUUGUUGGGGCCAGAACUAAAUGCACCAAUUGGCUCAAGCCAACUGGAGCCCAUCCCUGGGGUGAAGGUGUCUAAGAAUCGGACAAGAGUGUUGCUCAAAGGACAGUGGGUGUGCUGUCGGCAGGAGGACAAGACAUGCCCUUGCUGGGCAGGCGUGGGCAGGAUGCUCCCUUGGCCCCUGAAUCCCAGCUGAGGGCUCUGCCCACCCUGUAGGUGUAAAGCCCCUUGGAGACCAGCACUGGGCUGUAGGAGGGGAGCAGACAGCACUGAGCCUGAAGCCACAAAGGCCGGGGCUGUGAGGUCUCAGCAACACCCCAGCCUCUGGGGUUCCCCCAAACUCCAGGAGGUAGAUUCUCUAGAGCUGGAGCCCCAUGCCCCUCUCCUGCCCUGGUUUGUAACCUCUGUGUUUCCAGAAGGAAUUGGGGCAGAGGGCUAGGUUUGUGCAUGGGUGGAUGCCUUUUGAAACUCUUUGUCAACACCAUGCAGCAAACCAUACGGGCUUGGAUUAGUGAGAAAAAGCCAGGUAUGAGAGAAUAAAACAUAAAAAAUAAUAUAACCAGAGGAGGUAGAGAGGGCAGUUAAAAUCUGGGUGAUUCUUCUUCUUUCUUUUUUUUUUCUCUCUCUUAAAAAUAGACUUGCCCAACUAUUUUUUUCUUUUUCUUUUUUCCAGAUUUCUUUUUAUCAAAUCAUAACUCUGUACGUUAAUGCAUUUAUGGAAUACAAUGUGUAUACCAUGGAAUACUAUGCAGCCAUAAAAAGAUGGGUGAUUCUUCUAUGGAGAGGGUCCAUUGAGAGGCCUAUGGGAGCUCACUCUGCUGUGGCCAGCAGAGGGCGCCAGAGGCUCAUCCUACCUCAAUGUGGGUCAGGCCUCCUAGUCAAAAGGGGCCUGGAACCACAGAGAACUCGGGGUUUGCUUUAACUCUUCUCUUCAAGCUAGUCUAAAAACAGGCAAUGUGGGAACCAAAAGAACCCUCUCUCCCUCAUCUGGUUAUGAUCAAAAAUACUUUCAGCAGGAAAGCCCAACCCCAGAGAGGCCAUUGUCCAGCUAAAGAAGUCUGUGAUGCCUGCCAUGUGCCAUCAGGAACCAGCAACGGUUCUCUCCCCCAUGAAGACCAAGGGGCACCAUUGUCUUCACAGUGGACAUCUGGGUUGCCGCAAACCUGGCCACGUGCCACCGGGCUCAUCCUGCCAUGUGGUCUGGGUCAGCCAGUGCUGAGAUAGAGUCAACUUUGCUCUUGUUUUUAUGACAAUACUAGCCCUCAUACCACCCAGGUGCUGCCUGACACCCUGCAAAGGAAGGAGUGAGGUGGGAGGAAAGGCCAGAGUCGGGCCAGGCAGCACCACAGGGCUUAUCAGUGCAUUAGCAACUCCUUUCUUCCUUUUUUUUAACCAAAAGAGCACUGAGUUUCUUGCAGGCAGCCAACCUGCUUCACGCCUCUGUUCUCCCUGCAAGAGCCCAUAUGGUCAUCUGUACUGGGGAGAGACAGACACCUGUGUUACGGCUACAGUUUUUCAAGAUGCUGGAUGAAGCCUUGCUGGGAAAUCUCACCUCCAGACAAUAUAAACACAGUGCCAGUUACACCCGAGUUUUGCUCAAACUGCCAUCGGUUUCCAGUCCUGAGCUGGGACAUCAGCUUUAAACCUAGCCCGCGUCAGGGACCCCUCUCUGCCAGGGUGGUGACAGGUUCAUUCCCUUCCUCCUGCACAAUUGCUUUAGCACCUCACCGAUUCCCAUCAAAGCCAAAGUUCCUUGAGCACUUUUUCUUCUUUGCAGCCCUGUGUGUGUGGUUGCCGGCGGUUUAUAAUUUGCUUUCUGUUCCCACUCGUCUCUCUCUGUUCUUCAGCUAAGCACUGAUCUGAGUGCAUUUGGGUGAUGUUAGUAAGAGUCCACUUUCUUCAGCCCCUGCUCUAUUUUAUUUAUUGUUGAACAUUUCCAAUGACGAAUCAAAGUGAAUUAAACGAGCUAUUUUAUCGUU